AUGCCUUUCUGGGGAACGAAGUCCUCUCAACCUGCGUCGGAGAGCGACGCUAACUCUGCGCAUGACGCAAUCGAACACAAGAACGACCCCGUUGCGUCGGCCUCGCAGGCGGCUGGCACGGCGUGGCUCGCUGGCCAUCUUCACCAUCUGACUGACGAUCAGGAGAAGAAGCUGGAAGAAUUCAAGAAACUGUGUGAAGAGAAGGGAUACUACAAGCCGGAACGGGAUGGAGAGAAGGCGAGCCAUGAUGAUGCGACGAUGCUGCGCUUCCUUCGCGCGCGCAAGUUCGACGUUGAUGGCGCUUGGGGCCAGUUCAAAGACACCGAGGACUGGCGCCGGGAUAAUGCCAUUGAAUCGCUUUACGAGAACAUUGAUGUGGAAUCCUACGAUGCUGCCAGGCGAAUGUAUCCGCAAUGGACCGGUCGUCGAGACCGCCGCGGUAUUCCCGUCUAUGUUUUCGAGAUCAAGCAUCUGAACAGCAAGAACAUGGCCGCAUACAACGAGACCAUGUCCUCUUCUACCUCUACGGCCGAGACGCACCAAUCCUCCACGGUUCCGCAGCGUCUCCUGCGUCUGUUCGCUCUUUACGAGAACCUCCUCAACUUCGUUAUGCCUCUGUGCUCGAAGCUUCCUCGUCCUAACCCGGAAACCCCCAUUGUCACAUCUACCAACAUCGUCGACGUUAGUGGCGUUGGACUUAAGCAAUUCUGGAACUUGAAGGGUCAUAUGCAGGAUGCUAGUGUUUUGGCUACUGCUCAUUACCCGGAGACCUUGGACCGGAUCUUCAUCAUCGGCGCACCCUCUUUCUUCCCUACCGUCUGGGGUUGGAUUAAGCGCUGGUUCGACCCCGGCACGACCUCGAAGAUCUUCAUCCUCUCCGCCGCCGAAGUAAAGCCCACCCUGACAUCCUUCAUGGACCCGUCCAGCAUCCCCAAGCAGUAUGGCGGCGAGUUGGAAUGGCAGUGGGGCGACAUGCCUUAUCUCGACGAGGAGGCCCGUAAGGUCGUCGGGGUACUGGAAUCUCCUCCCGCUGAGGGAGAGACCAAGCCCAACUUCAUCAAGGGCCCAAUCCUAUUCAAGGGCGACCACGUCGAAAUCCUUGGAAAGGUGAACGGCGAGAGCCGCAAGUCCAACGUUCCUGUUGGCGCAACUCCAGCUCAAUCAAACAACAACACCUCCCCCGUGCAGGUUGAAAAGCCCACUGAGCAGGAGAGCUCGGAAGGCAGCGAGAAUGAGAAAGUUCCUCUGCAAGAGCCGGCUCCCGCAUCGGAGACUGAGACGCAAACAGUGACUGCUUAA